UGUCGGGCCCGAGGGCGGGGGAGGGGAGGAGCUGUUUUAACUCAGGUGUCUCCGUGGUACCCCCUGUGUAUGGACCUGGAUGGUAGCGCUGGGUGAUAUAGGGAAGAUACAGGGAACAUCGCUGUGCGCCCCGGUGGCGCAGUGGUAGGAAUGCCGCGUUGUAACACCAGGGCCCUGGGUUCGAAUCCCCCUGUGGGGCAAGAGGUAGAAGUGCCGCUGUGCUACACAGAGGCUCGAAUCCCGGGGGUUGGACUCGAUGAUCUCUAAGGUCCCUUCCGACCCACACGAUACUGUGAUACUGUGAUCGCUGUGUAUAAAGAUACCUGAGGCGUGGGCAUCAAAUGGGUGAUAAAAGCACGCUGGCGACCCCUCACAGCACAUCCAGAUCUCAGCCUCGGAGUAAAGGGGACUCCACUCCUCUCCCUUCCAUCAAUGAACGCCUGGCCUUCCUUCGCCCUUCCCGGGAGCUGCUGGAAUAUUACCGCAAGAGGAUUGCUGACUUUGAUGAGGAGCAUGAGGAUCUGGUAAAAAGGCUGGAGAAGUAUAAAGAAACAUACGAUGAGCAGCACAAACUGCAAUGGGAAGUACGUCAGCGAGAAGAGGAGAUUGCAGAGUUGCAAAAGGCUUUGAGUGACAUGCAAAUCUACCUCUUCCAGGAGAGGGAACAGGUACUCCGGCUUCACUCUGAGAACGACCGACUGAAAAUCAGGGAAUUGGAAGAUAGGAAAAAAAUUCAACAUCUCCUGGCUUUAGUGGGAACAGACGUAGGAGAAGUUACAUAUUUUCACAAGGAGCCACCACAUAAGGUUACUGUUCUGCAAAGGCCAGCUAAAUCCAGGGACUCACAUGAAGGAAACGACAGUUCUAGAACAGGCACCAAGAGGAGCACUUCGAAACAAGCAGGAAAAGGAGACAUACAUGAAAGUCCUGAGAGAUAUCAGAGGGACAACCAAACACUUCUACUUCAGGUGGAGGCCCUGCAAGCUCAGAUAGAAGAACAGACACAGUUAUCCAAGGAACAGCUUCAGGCAUUUCUGGAGGACAGAAAGAUUCACAUGGAAGAAGCCCAGGUCCAGCAUCAGAGAGACCAGGACAAGAUUAAAACUUUAACAGAUAAACUCAAUAAGACUCAAAGUCUCUUAUAUGAGAGUACUCGUGACUUUCUCCAGCUGAAGUCUGAUGUUCGAGACAGUGAGAAAGCGUGGAUGGUAGAGAAGGAAAACCUGUUGAGGAAGAUUGACAAAGAUUCGGAUCAGCUUAUCAGGAGGGAGGCAGAAAAAGGGAAGAAGCAGAGAGAUACCAAGAAGGUGCUUCAAGCAGAUCGUGAAGCUGGGAAACCCCACAGUAGAGAAGUAAAGACACUGCAAGAAGAACUCAAGAAGGAGCAGCAGCUCUCAAACAUGUACAGAGAACAGUGCAUCACCCUGGAAAGCCAGCUGGCUAGGAUUUGUGAAGAGAGAGAUGCUGGCAGAGAACUCUUUGAGAAACGUUCAGAAAAGAUGGGGAAGCGCCUGAAGCUGGUGACUCAGCGAUAUGAGGCCUUGGAAAAACGUCGUAAUAUGGAAGUGGAAGGCUUUAAGAAUGACAUUAAACAGCUUCGGCAGAAACUGAAAGAUGUAGAGAAACAGCUUUUUAAGGUGACUCUGAAUAUUGGACCAGACCAGGAUCUUGCAAUUCUACGUGAGGUUCGUCAAGGAAACAGACUAACCCAUAACAUUCAAGAAGAAUUAAAAUACUUGAAAGCAAAAAUCUAUGGCUUAGAGAAUGAACUACGAGUCUGCUGAAGCUGAAGUUUUAGUUGGCAUCAUAGUUGUAGGAAUGGGACAUUGCCUGUUUACUGGCAUCCAGUAACGGAAUGCUUGAAGAAGUCUGCAGUUCGGAAUGUCAUAACAUCUGUCAAUGAUACAUGAGCCAUUUCUAACGUGCCAAAUUAGGUUGCUAUGUUUGUUGAUAGGCACCUGAUGAGUCUGCUACAGAAAGUAGCAGAAGGCUGGAAUAUUCCUAUGACUUUUUCUUACUUUCAUAUCUGUAGCGUAGGGAGUGGUAUAUACUGGUCUUAAACUUCAUUUGGAGCAUAUUGGAAAGUAGAAAUGUAAUAUUAACAAUCACUGAGGGAUCUAGUUCAAGAUCUGAAUCGCUUGGCUCACCUUUUCCUAUGUGACAAAGAGCUUUUAAAGUGCAUUCAAUGAUGAUUGUUUUGGUACCUAAGCAAUUCAGGAUGGAACUGGGAAUUUUCUUUGGAAGAUACCUCGCAUGGAAAUUUUGUACAACAUUUUAUAGAACUCAUCUGCAAGAAUGAGCAAUGUCUACUCUUGUUUCAAAUAACUGGGGGGAGUGAGAUACCACACUAUCAAGAAUCAUCUUCCCAUCCCCUUUUUUUCUAGCCCCUCUUGACUCCUGCAGGAAGUUCAUAAUAAAAGGCAUAUACUAUCUUCAUUA